CCGGCACGAACAGCGCCUUCAAGGCCUGCGAGUCCAAGCUCCUCUACCAGGCCGAGGCAUGGACCAGCAAGCCAUCGCUGCGGAGCGACGUCUCGUGCACGGUCAAAGCCGUCUGCGGCUAUGACUACGAUUGGCUGGAGCCCAACCAGUGCCUGAUCACCGACGGGACAGACUUUGUCCAGGGCAGC